AUGUAAUUUAAUAUUAAUAAAACUACUCCUUCUCGGUUGGAUAGCUCCAGUUUAAAAGCUAAACUCGCAAAACAAUAUGAAUAACAUCCUAUUCCUUCUGCUGAAGUUUAUAAAAGCACAUUAUCCAAAUUAUACUAAACAUAGAGUUUAAGUACCUUAAUUAAAGAUAAGAAAUCUUCCAUUUCUAGAUAGGUUUCUUAAAAUAAUGCUUUUAUUAAUCCAAGUGUUAGAACUAAUACACCUAAAUCUGCAAAUCCAUAACCAUAAGUAAUUUAUUUGUAAUUAUAUUAGUAUUACUUUUAUGCAAAGUAGAAAGAAUAAAGCAAAGUACAAAUUUCCUAGCUUAUCAGUAAAACAUUACAGCAAAGUUACACUAAAGCAAGUAAUAGCUUGAUCAAGGAUAAUUCAUUUGGCAUAUCCACAAAAUCUAAUACUGAUCGAAAAUAUAAUUUACUUUCUUUAGAUCAGAACAAAUUAAUAUCUAAACCAAAAACAGAAAAAGUUGUAACCAUUAAUAAGACAUAGAAUAAUAACAAUUAAAUUUAAGAUUAAAAAUAACCACUUAAUAUACAUUUAAGUUUAGAUGAUUUUGUUACUCAAAUUAAGGUAUCAAAUCCCUCGAAGAAUAAUUCAACUAUUUCUCCAUUUAAAUAGGCAAAAUCACUUUCACCAAACAAUAGAAUAUUCUCUACAUCAAGAAGUAAUUUAAAUGUUAAUUUAAAAAAUAUAUAUUAUGUGAGCUCUAUGAUUGAAGCCAUCAAUGGAGCAGAUGAUUCCUAAAGUUAAUUAUAUAGAGAUCAUGCCUUAUAAACUUACAAUAGCAUAGGUUUCUGCUUAAAUUAAAUAGAACCAACCAAUAAUGUAAUAGAAAAGAAACUCAUUAAUUUACAACAAAAAAAUACAAAAUGUACUUUAUUGAUACAAUUUAGUUCAAAAAACUGUUGUUUUUGAUCUUGAUGAAACUCUCAUUCAUUGUAAUGAAAAUUAAAACAUAAAAUCUGAUGUAUAUUUGCCAAUUACAUUUCCCACUGGUGAUACAGUAUCAGCAGGCAUCAAUAUAAGGCCAUGGGCUAAAUAAAUAUUGAGUCAAUUAUCAGAAGUUUGUGAAGUAGUUAUCUUUACAGCUUCACAUCAGUGUUAUGCUUCUUAAGUGAUUCAGUUUUUAGAUCAUAAGAAAAUCUUAAGUGCUUAAUUAUUUAGAGAAAGUUGCAUAAUAACAAAUGAUGGAGUACAUAUAAAAGAUCUUAGAGUGUUGGGUAGAGAUAUGAAAGAUAUUGUAUUGAUUGAUAAUGCUGCAUAUAGUUUUGGCUAUCAUAUUGAGAAUGGAAUUCCUAUAAUUCCAUAUUAUGAUAAUAAAGAUGAUAAGGAAUUAAAGUUAUUGUAUGAUUUCUUAAUAUCUGAUGUUCUUCCUGCAUAUGAUUGUAGAAAAGUCCUUUAAGAAACAUUUAAGCUAAGAGAAUUUUAGAAUUAUAAUAGUCCUAAGACUGCAAUUGAAAAAUUAUAUUAUUGA